CGUCUCCUAGCAACAGGAGAUAAACACAAGAGGGGCGGGGGAGCAGAGCAGAGGGACUAUAAAGGGACUGUAAAAGGGCUUCUGGGCCUCUGCUUUGGGACAGAUCCCUCUUCUUAUGCUCAAGAAUGCCAAUUUUGUGACAGUUUUGUCAGAAGCUGGACAGUGAUGGACAGAAUACAUUCUUGCGUAAAAUUGACAAGCCUGUAAUAAUGAUAAAGACGUUUUGAAUGUUGCUUCACAACAAAGGAUUAUUUAAUUCUGCAGAUUCAAUACUGAGAUAAUUUUGAUCUAUGAAGCAAUGUUAAGAUUCCAAGAAGUAGUUAAGCCUGGUACUCCUCUAACAUCUCUUUCUACUGGUUCAAAGACAUUGAUCGCAGGACGAUAUGCUAUUCUGCAAAAACUUGGCCGCGGAAGCUUUGGAACUGUCUACUUAGCUUCUGAUAAAAAAGCAAAAGGAGAAGAAGAAUUGAAGGUUUUGAAAGAGAUCUCUGUGGGGGACCUCAAGCCCAAUGAAACUGUUGAAGCAAACUUAGAAGCACAGCUGUUGUCCAAGUUAGACCAUCCGGCCAUUGUCAAGUUUUAUACCAGCUUUGUAGAAGGAGAGAGUUUUUGCAUCGUCACUGAAUAUUGUGAGGGUCGAGACCUUGACUUUAAAAUUCAAGAAUAUAAAGAAGCUGGCCAAAUAUUUCCUGAAAGCCAAGUAGCUGAGUGGUUUAUACAGUUGUUACUUGGAGUCAGUUACAUGCAUGACAGGCGAAUUCUUCAUCGAGAUUUGAAAGCUAAGAAUAUUUUUUUGAAAAAUAAUCUUGUUAAAAUUGGGGAUUUUGGAGUUUCUCGGCUCUUGAUGGGAUCAUGCGAUUUAGCAACUACAUUUACUGGGACACCUUUCUAUAUGAGCCCAGAGGCUUUGCAACAUCAGGGUUAUGACACAAAAUCAGACAUUUGGUCACUAGGAUGCAUUUUGUAUGAGAUGUGUUGCUUGGAUCAUGCAUUCACUGGGCACAAUUUUUUAUCCAUUGUUCUAAAAAUUGUGGAGGGUGAGACCCCUUCCCUUCCAGACAUUUAUCCAAGAAAACUUGAUGGAGUGCUACACUGUAUGCUGAGCAAGGAUCCUUCACUGAGGCCAUCAGCUGCAGAGAUUUUAAGAAUUCCAUACAUUGCUGAUCAGUUACAGAUUAUGAAAUGUAAAUUCACAAAUAUGACUAUAAAGAAGCAGGUCCCCAGUUUUCCAGAAGAAAGUGGUUUUACCAUAGGUGCUAUGCAGAAAAAGGUACAUCUACAAACACUAAGAGCUCUUUCAGAAGUCCAGAAAAUGACACCACGUGAACGAAUGAGACUGCGGAAGUUAAAUAUCGCUGAUGAGACAGCACAAAAGCUGAAAAAGUUAGCUGAAGAAAAAUAUCAAGAAAAUCUUAAAAGAAUGCAAGAGCUUAGAUCUCGUAAUUUUCACCAAGCAAAAAUAGACGUGCUUCAUGAAUCUGAUGAACAGACUGAAGAACAUCUGAUGAAGUCUCAGCAAGACACAGUGCUAGAUUAUCUAUCCAUAGGAUGCAGUGACCAAAGUGACAGUGAUACAACAGAGACACUCUGUAUGUCUGAGCAAAAAGAACAUGAAAUCCCAGAAGAUCCACUUAUUGCAGAAGAAUAUUAUAAUGACGUAUUUGAUUCGUGUUCAGAAACAAGUGAAGAUCAGGAAGAGGAGGUGGGGGUUGAAGAAGAGGAAGAAGAUGAAGAACAAGAUAGUGAUGAUGAAGAAGAAAAUACAUUACUCACUGUGUGUAAAACAAAUCAGGACAGUGAUGUUGAAGCAAUGGUCAGAUAUAUGGAGAAUAUCCUAAAUAGCAGCUCUUUAGGUACUGGAACUGCCACCAAAAUGACUCCACUGAGACCCAAGGGAUCAAGAGCUCUCAACGACACCAUGGCAGCAACCAAGCUGAGACGUAUGAGGGAGUCAGCUAUUCAGAAACUGGGAACAGAAAUCUUUGAAAAUGUUUACGAGUUCCUCCGCCAAGCAAGACGGGAAAAUGCAAGUGAAGAUGAAAUCAGAGAAUACCUGGAAAAAAUGGUGUCUCGGGCAAGUGACUGUUUCGAAGUAGAUCAGCUCAUCUAUUUUGAAGACCAGAUACAGGCCUCAGAAGAUGAUACAGUGUGACAUGUAUCUCAGAAUGGAUUUACUUGGAUUCUCUGAAACCAGUGAACAUGGCAAGUUCUCAACUGGAAAUAAGCAAGCAUUUUGUGAUAUGGUUAGGGAGAUGAGUAGCAUAGAGAUACUGAUGGCCAUUUUGCAGGCUGGUUAUAUGAGAUAAAGAGCACUCUUCUUCAUCUCCAAAUAAAGUCAAUCAGAGCUUUUCAGUGGAUUCAUACAGAAGGAGCAUUGGCACUUAGAUCUUGGCCAUAAUUUACUUGAAAAGUGCUUGAGGAUGGUUAUCAAUCAUACAUAUAUAUGCCUAAUGAUACCAUUCAGAGAAACGGUGGUGUUCUGGAGCCUCCAUCUGUCACUCCAUCUGUGAUUCAAAACAUGCAAGGAUAAGUGUGAUAUAUGAGGUAGAAG